AUGACCGAAAUUUUAUCAAAAGAAAUUUUAAAAGAUAUUAAUGAGUUUAUUGAAUUUCAAAUUAAAGAUAAAUCAAUUCCAUGUAUAUCAGUAUCAGUGGUUGCAAGGGAUGAUAGUAGUAAAAAGAAAGAAUGUCAUAACCUUUUUAAAAAGAUUUUUCAUCAUAAAGAUAUUAAAACACCAAUUCCAACAUUAGAUAAAACAUUAUUUAGAGUUGCAUCAGUUUCAAAAUUAUUCACAUAUGUUGCAAUACUUCAACUUGUUGAUAAAGGUUUACUAUCACUUGAAGAUCCAGUAACUAAAUAUAUACCUGAUUUUCAUCCAAAAAAUCCACAAUCAACAACUUAUUCAAAUAAAAAAGAAUUUGAACCUGAUCUUUAUAAGAAAAUUACAGUUUUUAAUUUAAUUAGACAUACAUCUGGAUUAAUUAGAGAACCAAUUGAAGGUAAUUAUUUUAAUGAAAUUCAAAGUGAUUUAAUUACAUUAGUUAAAACAAUGAAUGAAUCAUCAUUGGUUAGUGAACCAUGGACAGAACAUAAAUAUUCAAAUGCAGCAGUCGCAAUUGCAGGUUAUAUUGUUGAAGUUGUUAGUGGUGAAACAUUUCCAGAUUAUGUUGAAAAGAAUAUUUUAAAACCAUUGGGUAUGUUAAAUUCUACAUUUAAGAAUGAAUAUGCUUAUACAGAAGUAAAAGAUGAAAAUCAAUUAAGAACAGCCACUGGACAUAUGUGGAGAUAUUGGGAUGAGACUACAACCGAUUUAUCAGUUUAUAAAGAAGCACCAUUAACUUAUUUUGGUAUGUUUCCAGCCGCUGGUCUUGCAACAACUGUUGAUGAUAUUUCCAAGUUUUUACAAUUCUUUUUACAAGAUGGUAAACCAUUAUUAAAGUAUGAUACUUUUGUUCAAUUCCUAACUCAACAACCAUUAAAGGCACCAAUAAAACCAGAGAAUAUAGAUACUUUGGAAUUCCCAUACGUUUACAACGAAAGUGCAGUUGCCCAAACACCAACAUCAACUGGUACCUCAAGUUAUGGUCUUGGUGUUGAAAUUACUAAUUUCUUUGGAUACCAAAUCGCAAGACAUGGUGGUGCUGUCAAUGGUUUUGCAACUGAUUUUCGCGUAUUACCAGAAUUGGGUUUAGGUAUAUUCACUUGUUCAACUUUGGAUGUAUGUAAUGCAGUAUCACAACAAAUCUCUGAAUAUAUCACAUGUCAAUUGGCUAGUAGUUUUGUAAAGGAAACUCAUAGUUUGGUUUCAUUAAAUAAAGUUUCACUAAAUAAAACUUUAGAAUCAAUUGAAAAUAGAAAACAAUUUUUAAAUUCAACUUUACUUGCAACUGAAAUUCCAGAUUCACUAUAUGAUAAUAUUUCAGGUUAUUGGUAUUUACCAACAAGUGAACAACAACAAGAAGAAGAAACAUUCAAUGAUAAUGACUAUGUUCAAAUUAUGAAAUCUUAUAAUGGUAUGGUUUAUAGUAAAGAUGUUGUAUUAUCAAAGUUGGCAUUAUUACCAAUUGAUAAAAAGACAGGUGAACAAUUAAUCAUUACAGCUGAUAGAAUGUCAUGUGGUCAAGUGAUGUUAAAAAUUCCAAAGGAUUUCAAUUUCAAUGAUAAAGAAGAAGCAAAAAAAUUGAAAUUAAAGGAUAAAUACACCCGUGAUUCUGAAGAGGCUCAACAUAGUUUAAUCUAUUGUAAAUAUAAACCAUUACCAUUGAAAUCUGAAAUUACAAUUCAACCACCUUUAACAGAGGAAUUUAAAGAUUUGAUUGGAUUUUAUUCAGCUCGUGAUCAUAUGGCAAUUAUUUUUGAAGAGAACGGUCAUUUAAAUUUCAAUAUUGAAUGGUUAUUCAAUUAUAAAAUGAAAUUUUUAUCAGCAGUACAACAAGGUGAUACCUCAAUUGUUCACUUUUUACUCUCACCAACUGCAAUGUAUAAUAAUGAAAUCAUUUCAUUCCAUAUGAAAAAUGGUGUACCACUAUUCUUAUCACUUAGUGGUAUUAAAUUUAAAUUUCAAUCAAUGUCAACUCAACAACAACAACAACAACCAGGUGUUUAUCCAAAAGAUAUAUGUUCAAAAGCAUUAGCUGAAUCAUUUAAUACUCCAUUCCCAUUUGAGGAUGAAAAUGCAAGAAUCAAUCAUAAUUUAGUAGAUUUAUCAAGCAUAUCACCAACUCUUAAAUUUGAUAUUAAAUAUGCAACCACUGAUAACUUUACAGGUAUUCAACUUUAUAAACAAGCAAAAGCAUUUUUAAAUAAAGAUGCUGCUAAAUGUUUAUUAUCAGCUCAUAAUUGGUUAGUAGAGAAUUGGAAUGUUGGUAUUAUAGUUUUCGAUUCCUAUAGACCAUGGAAUAUCACAUGGACAAUGGCAGAAUCGGUUAUACCAGAAUUUAGAGGUCUAUAUGUUGCACCACCAACCAAAGGUUCAGUUCAUAAUCGUGGUGGUGCACUUGAUAUCUCAUUAUAUGAUUUAUCAAAUGGUAAAGUAAUUGAAAUGGUUGGUGAUUUCGAUGAAUUUAGUAUUCGUUCUCAUCGUUCUUAUUUUGGUGGUUCAGAACUUCAACGUUGGUAUAGAAAACUUUUAACAAUUGCAUUAAUCAAUAAUAAUUUCAGACCAAAUGAACACGAAUGGUGGCAUUUUGAUAUAAUUGUUGAUAAACCAUUAGCAGUUUUAAAUUUACAAUUUGAUCAAAUUAAUUAA